UUCGGGCGCGUCAAGCUACGUCUGCCAGUUUGGGUGAGUCAAGGUCUGCGCCUGCGCGGGCGCUGGCUCGCGGGCUCGCUCGCUCGCCGACCUGCGGGCGGGCGGCUGCCAGGCGUGGAGCAGGGACGCCCGCGGUCAUGGGAAAUCCAGUUAUCAAAAUUUACUCCAGAAGAGAGAACCUAACAGAUCAGUAACAAUGGAAGAAAUUGGGAAAAUUAUCAAAAAGCUACCAUCCCCCAAAACAUCAGGCCCAGAUGGUGUUACAGAUUGGCAGAAAUCGCAGUUUAAUACCUAGUGCUGACAAUGGUAGAGAGAAAUCGGUAGUCACAUACACUUAAUGGAAAUACAGCUGGAAUCUCAUAUCUGCUCCUGCAUUCAGUUUGUUGUGCUGUGUUGUUUUGGUUGAAGUAUAUGCAGAAGAUCCAGCCUCACGCAGGUUAAAAAAAAUCCUUCAUGAACAAGAAAGAUCUUAAGCAACAUGAUGGAUUCAGAAGCUCAUGAAAAGAGGCCACCAAUCCUAACAUCUUCAAAACAGGAUAUAUCACCUCACAUUACAAAUGUUGGUCAAAUGAAGCAUUACUUGUGUGGCUGCUGUGCAGCUUUCAACAACAUAGUAAUCACGUUUCCCAUUCAGAAAGUCCUUUUCCGGCAACAGCUGUAUGGAAUCAAAACCCGGGAUGCAGUACUUCAGCUGAGGAGGGAUGGCUUUCGAAACUUAUAUCGAGGAAUCCUUCCCCCAUUGAUGCAGAAGACAACUACACUGGCACUUAUGUUCGGUCUGUAUGAGGAUUUAUCUUACCUUCUCCGUAAACAUGUCAGUACUCCAGAGUUUGCAACUUGCAGCAUGGCAGCAGUACUCGCAGGGACAACAGAAGCAAUUUUCACUCCGUUGGAAAGAGUUCAAACAUUGCUACAAGACCACAAGCAUCAUGACAAAUUUACAAACACUUACCAGGCUUUCAAGGCACUGAAAUGUCAUGGAAUUAGAGAAUAUUAUCGAGGCUUGGUGCCCAUUCUUCUCCGUAAUGGAUCCAGCAAUGCCCUCUUUUUUGGCCUUCGAGGCCCCGUUAAGGAGUAUUUGCCUACUGCAACGUCUCACAGUGCUCAUUUGGUCAAUGAUUUUAUCUGUGGAGGCCUCUUGGGUGCCAUGUUGGGAUUCUUGUUUUUUCCAGUUAAUGUUGUAAAAACACGCAUGCAGUCUCAAAUUGGUGGGGAAUUUCAGUCUUUCCCCAGGGUUUUCAAAAAAAUCUGGGUAGAACGUGACAGGAAAUUGACAAAUCUUUUCAGAGGUGCCCAUCUGAACUACCAUCGGUCCCUCAUCUCAUGGGGUAUAAUCAAUGCAACUUACGAGUUCUUAUUAAAGGUUAUAUGAAAGAAAUCAUCAGUUAAGUGCCAUUUAUCAGCUGACUAGACCUUCUAAGAAGAAUUCAGUUUGGCCUGGUUCCCAACUGGCCAAAUACAAGUUGGUGUCAGAAGUCCAGGGCACCAUGAAUUAUGGGCAUAGCUGUUUUCCUUAAGCACCAACAAUAACAGAAUCAAACGUUUCAAUAGGAAAUUUAAAGGGUUUUUUUUUUUCUAUCAUUACCUGAGAGCUUUAGGCUAAUGAUCUGAUUAAUAGCUGUCUAUCUGAUGGCCUUUGACAGGGAACCUAAUAGGCAAGAUAUGAUUUUUUUCUUUUCGAAAACAGUCUUUAAUUCUCUGCAUUGAAACAUCUAAGUGGCCAUGACUAGCUAGAGAAGAGGCUUUUGUAGCCUGUUGACUUCUCAGGCUUAUUUUUGUUACUCCAUAGCUUGCUUCUCGGCUCUUUUGAGGAAUUGCAGAGGGUAGUUUUGGGUAAACCUGAGCAUAUACAUGGGUAGGACAAAGGAGCAGAACACAGAAGGAAAAACUACUAGGUGUAGGCUUUUCAUGAUAAAUUGCUUGCAUUAGCAUUGAAACUAAGCACCUCUUGAGAUGGUCAUUAUCUAGACUAUUUAGACUUGAUAGAAUCAGGCAGCUAAUUAAAGUUCAUGUUUUGCUUUCUAGGUUUGAAAGUUUUCUUUCUAAUUCUGGGUGUGACCUGAAACCCUUCCAGAAUAUUAUGUUGAUUUCACUUAUUUCAUUGCCAAAAGAUAAGGAAACUUAAGUUUUGUUAUAGGAGUUUCAUCCUGUUAAGAAGUUCUACAUUAACUGCAUGUAGAUCAAACUCUGUUUAUCUGUUUCUUUGAAUUAUUGGUGCCAACUUAGCAAAGUGCUUUGGGUUUUUGGUUUUUUUCACUGAUAAUUUUGGGCUUUUUUUUUUUUUUUUUUUUUUUCCUUUGUUAUAUUCCAAUAUCCUGUUCUCUUGAACUCUCCUUAAAAAGAAAACCCGUUUCCAUAACAUUUUGUUUUGGAAGUCUUAAUAAGGGCCCAGGUUCCCCCUUUUCCCCCUCCCCCAUUUCUGAAUGUUCCAGGAAGAAAAACCAAAACCACUCAGGAUAGCUUCCACCUCAGUGUUAUCUAUCCUUAUUUUACUCUUGGAAAUAGAGACUGCUAUUAGGAUUUUGACAUUUUGGAAACCCAAUUUUAUAAUUGUGAUAUUAAAAUGGUAAAUUUGAGAUUAUAAGAUCUAUAACAAGACAUUUGAAGAGUGAUUUUAAAUUUUAGGCAUUUGUAAUAGCCAGAUAGCACACUGGUCCCUUACCUAACACAGACAGAAGUUUAUUUGUCAGAGGAAUCAGAGUUUAAAAUUUUUCUUCAGGUCAAAGUGACUCAUGCACUGAUUGAAUAGCAACACACGAGAAACAUUCUGGAAAAAUGGUGUACCAAUUUUUUUUUAACCCACUUCUGUAAAUAUUAUAUAGUUAAGACUGUUUUCUAGCAUUUGACAUGGUCUAGAAUAGUUUGAUUUCUUAGUUCUACAUGUUCACCUUUCUGGGUAACUGCAUGUGAAUAUGCAUAUACCCACCAAAAUAAAAUCAGAGCCUCAAUCGGUAGUUUACUCGAAGUUUCUGGGCAGAUAGUCCAAAAAAGCGAUUUACCUCUAAAUGCAGUAUGGCUAGUUGAUAAAGUGAAUGCCCUUCUUCCAACUGUAAAGGAUGAGGAAACAACAAGCAUUUGCCUGGCAUUAAUGAAGCCAAAUAGCUUUACAACAGCUCUGCUUGACAGUGAUGGGCUGGAAAUGGCAGUUUACUUUAGAAACCAAGGUGCAGAUUUAAGGAUUUCUGAAAACAGGAAGCGUCCUUUGGCCUAGUUUCCGAAGUGAAUGAGGAAGGCACUGACCCCCUCAUUCACAUGGGUGAGCCCCUGAGUACUCAGGUAAGUCUGGGUGGCCCAGCACAGGCAGGUGAGUUAGCCCAGGUUUAUGCCCUGGCCCUGGGCAUGGACUCCUUGGGCCUUCGGUUCUAUGGGGCUUCCUUUUGUCUUUACACUCCACGCAGGUGAUAGAAAUCUAAGUUCUAAAGCACUUUUGUGAAAUACAAGUGAAGUGAAAAUUCUAGGAAUGCUUUGGUUUAUGCUGUGUCAAAUAUGUGGCAUUGAAAACAAUUAUUAAAUAUUUUUACUGGUUUUAACUUAUAACAUUUUUGCAUUUCCUUUUCACUUUUUAUAGCUUUUGAAGACCAAACUGCAAAUGCAUUACCAAGGAUGGUUUGUGUUGUCCUCUAGACAUAAAUUUGACAAAAGGUGCAGCAGUAUUUGUGGUAGCCAACUGCUUUGUCUGAAUUUUAGAAUAAGUUAUAAUGUGUUACUAGUAAGGAAGGGAUUCUAACAAUAGUUUUUACUUUCAGUAUAAAUUAGUGUAAUAAUUUUGAAAAGGCAAAUAUGAUUGAAUAACUUUACCUGAAAAGCUUUAAAAGUGGCCUUUCUGUUACAUAACGUAGCACAGAUGACUUGUAAGUAUGGGGCACUUUGGGUUUUGCCUCCUGUACUUCAUAUCUGAUGCUACUAGAAAUAUGUUGUAGAUUCUGUAUUUAACACACCUAGAGGUGGUAUGAGCCCUCAGGACUGCACCACAUAGUAAACACAGCCUUUAUAUGGUGACAAUUUUUUUUUUUUUUUGUGAAUGGGA